GUUCCACUUGAUCUUCUGAGAAGUGAGAACCUUCCACUAUGAGAGCUCUUGUUGUUGUCCUGCUGUUGGCCACAUUGAUGAUCUCAAUACAAGCCUUGCCGGUCCAUGGAGGUGGGCGAUGCCUCUGCACUGGUACACUCCGCCGAGUGCGGAGCAGGAACAUCCUGAACCACAGGGUCUUCCAGCCCAGCCUGUGGUGUGACCACAGCGAGAUAGUACUGCAGUUGAUCAAACCAUCCAUCAAAGUGUGCCUGAACCCGAACUCUGACCAGGGCAAAGACAUCUUGAAGAAGUGGUCAGUGGGAUGGUAUUAAGAAGAUGUGUGGAAGAGGCAGGAGGCAGUGGCGAGGCGUAGGCAGGAGGCAGGGGCGAGGAGGAGGCAGGAGGCAGGGGUGAAGAAGAGGCAAGGGAGGAGGAACAAAGUUCUCCUAUAAAGGCUUUAGUGGUUAUAUGAAUGAGUGGUUGUUUGAAGCCAGGAUGGUUUGGUUUUUGCUGCGAUGUAAUGUUGUAGUUGAGAUGUUAUUGUUGCAACAUUGUUCACUGUGCCUGGUAGCUGAGAUGUGGUUACUCUGUACUGUGCUUGGUAAAUACAGACCAUUCCUUGACUCUGACCACCUAAAUACUGUUAGAACACUUCCGUCUGUUCAUCUUCUGCAGUAUGGAUUUUUUGUAUGUUAUUGUUGGUGAAAGCAUAUGCCAAAUGAAUAAAAUGUAAUGUUACUGUC